AUGGGAUUUAGUAUAGGCUAUUAUGAAGCAGGAUUUUCGGAAAGAGUUGGACUUUUGGAUCGAUUCUUCGUUUUCUGUUUCAUUAAGUCGCCUGACUUAAUGACAUCGAGAUUAAUGGCGUAA